AUGCCGGUUCAACACCACAUCCUAGUGUCAAUAUGCAUUGCAUUGCUCUUCAUUGCUUCCUCUAUUUCCGAACCAAUCUCCAUCCAACAACCCGAUGUCGAUAAGAGAACCGUAACCCCAACUCCACGUAGGAACCGUGGGAGAACCCGUAAUCAAGGUGGUCGAAGGACAGGAGGCCGUGGUACUCGCGGAUCUUCAAAUUGUGAUUCAUUAUUUGAGUAUCUAUUUGGAAGAUGCGGCCAAUGGCCUUUCUCGCGUUUUUCUCCUAACAACCCUUUUUUAACUCGGCCGCCCCCUCGACGACCACCCAUACCCCCACCACCCGUAGCGCCCUCACCAGUCCCGGCAUGCCCUCCACCAUCACCACCGCCACCAUCACCCCCUCCACCAUGUCCACCGCCGCCAUGUCCACCGCCGGCAUGCACACCGCCGCCAUGCACACCGCCGCCAUGCACACCGCCGCCAUGCACACCGCCGCCAUGCACACCGCCGCCAUGUCCACCGCCGCCAUGUCCACCGCCACCAUCACCACCGCCGCCAUCACCUCCGCCGCCAUCUCCUCCGCCUCCAUCACCUCCGCCGCCAUCUCCUCCGCCUCCAUCACCUCCGCCGCCAUCUCCUCCGCCUCCAUCACCACCUCCGCCUCUGCCACCACUCGUUGCUUCACCUCCACCAGUUGUUGCGUUAUCUCCACCACCAGACUACAUCCUUCCUCCUAUAGUGCCUGAUGAUCCUUUUAACGCCCCACCCGCACCAAUAUGGUUUUCGCCACCCGCUAAUAUAAACCCUCCACCAUUAGUUCCAAUAUCAUUCUCACCGCCCGGUUUCCAAGACAACCCGCCGGACUCCUCGACGUUACCACCAGUUGUCCCUAUAUUUUCUCCACCACAGGUUGACCCCGGUCAAACCCCACAACUUCCACCAAUAACGAAUCCCGGUCAACAGUUUCCACCGGACUUCGAUCCCGGUCAACAAUUCCCGCCGGAGGUUGAUCCCGGUCAACAAAAACCGCCGGAAGUUGACCCUGGUCAACAAUUUCAGUUCCCGCCGGAAGUUGAAUUCCCGCCUGAAUUUGACCCUGGUCAACAGUUUCCGCCGGAGUUUGACCCUGGUCAACAAAAUCCGCCGGAAUUCAACCCCGGAGAACAAUUUCCGCCGGAGUUUGACCCUAGUCAACAAAAUCCGCCGGAAUUCAACCCUGGAGAACAAUUUCCGCCGGAGUUUGACCCUGGUCAACAAAAUCCGCCGGAAUUCAACCCUGGAGAACAAUUUCCGCCGGAGUUUGACCCUGGAGAAGAGUUUCCACCGGCGGUAGGGGAGUCGCCGGAAAUAAUAAUGCCACCGUCAGUAGAUUAA